UAGUAUAACGGAAGGAAAAUUGGUUGCAGAAGAAGAAGAAGAAGAAGAAGAGGGGUGUGGUGGCGUGGCGAGAGAGAGAGAAGAGUAAUUCCUCUCUUUGCGGCCAUCCGAUAAAGUCGGAAGAUACUAAAUAAUCAAAAAAAUAAAAAGCCCAAUUAUACAAUACAAUAUUAAAAUUACAUUAUUAUUAUUAUUAUUAUUAUUAGUUUGGUCGUUUCACGAGAAAUCUGCGGAAACCCCCCAAUUCAUUCAAUUACGUAUACUUUCUAUCUUUCUUUCGUACAUUCAUUCAUCACUAUACUCCAUCAUCAUCAUUACUUUGUUUUUCUUCUUCAUCCUCAUUCUUCAUCACCACCGUCUAUUUCUGAUCCAUCAUCGUCAUUCAUCAGCAGCAUGAAGGAUAAAGAUAAGGAAAAGGAAUCCGAACCUAAGAAGAAAUAUCCUAUUGGUUCCGAACAUUACCUUCUCUACGAAGAAAUUGGACAAGGCGUUAGUGCUUCCGUUCAUCGCGCUUUAUGUGUUCCUUUUAACGAGAUCGUCGCCAUCAAGAUUCUCGACUUCGAACGCGAUAACUGCGAUCUGAAUAAUAUAUCUCGUGAAGCACAAACGAUGGUACUAGUGGACCACCCUAACGUAUUGAAAUCACACUGUUCAUUCGUGAGCGAUCACAAUCUAUGGGUUGUGAUGCCGUUUAUGGCGGGUGGUUCAUGUCUUCACAUAUUGAAAGCAGCACAUCCUGAUGGAUUUGAAGAGGUUGUUAUUGCAACUGUACUUAGGGAGGUGUUGAAGGGUUUAGAGUAUCUUCAUCAUCAUGGUCACAUUCACCGUGAUGUUAAGGCUGGUAAUGUUCUUAUUGAUUCUCGCGGUGCUGUUAAGCUCGGCGAUUUCGGUGUUUCCGCUUGUCUUUUUGAUUCAGGUGAUCGACAACGGUCUAGAAAUACUUUUGUUGGAACGCCGUGUUGGAUGGCACCUGAAGUUAUGGAGCAAGUGCAUGGUUAUAACUUCAAAGCUGACAUAUGGUCAUUUGGCAUAACUGCAUUGGAGCUUGCCCACGGCCAUGCUCCUUUCUCAAAGUUUCCACCAUUGAAGGUACUGCUUAUGACUUUGCAAAAUGCACCCCCAAGCCUUGAUUAUGAAACGGAUAAAAAGUUCUCUAAGUCUUUUAAGCAGAUGAUUGCUUGUUGUUUGGUAAAAGAUCCUUCAAAACGACCCUCUGCAAACAGGUUGUUAAAGCAUUCCUUCUUUAAGCAAGCUCGCUCCAAUGAUUAUAUUUCACGCACGCUUUUAGAGGGGUUGCCUGCUUUAGGUGAUCGCAUGGAAAUCCUAAAGAGAAAAGAAGAAGAUAUGCUUGCACAAAAGAAAAUGCCUGAUGGACAGAUGGAAGAAUUAUCUCAGAAUGAAUACAAACGUGGCAUUAGCGGCUGGAACUUCAAUCUUGAAGAUAUGAAGGCUCAAGCUUCCUUGAUCAACGAUUUUGAUGAUGCUAUAUCAGAUAUGAAUCAUGUGGGAAGUUCAUCUUCACUUGAUGCACAAGAUAAGCAAUUGCCAAAUUCAAGUCAUAAUCGUAGUCAAACUGUUGACAUGGAGGAAAAUGAUGAAAUGCUUAAUCAAUCGGCUUCUGUUCUCGUAGUUGAUUCCACAGUAAAUGAUGCCAAGACUAAGAUUGAAAAAUCUGAUGAUGACUCUAGCAUCACCAGUUCAAGCCACGAACCACAAGCUUCUUCUUGUCUUGAUGAUCACGUGGACCAUAGUUUAAGUGAAAAAUCUGAUAUGGAAAAUGGUGCAAGAUCUUUGGAGGGUGUGGCUAUCCAUUCUCAUCAUAGAAGAGGAUGUUCAUCAAGCAUAUUACCGGAAGUUACUCUUCCACCUAUUCGAGCAGAAAGAAAUAUAAAUUACAGUGAGAAGCUACAUAUUCAGACCCAAAAUUUAGUUCCACAGACAGGAGAGGAUGUGCUUACUGAACUUCCUUCUAGAGUCUCAAAAUCAUCAGCAGCUACUUCUGAUGACACUGAUGAGAAAGCAAAGGUACCUGUUGUUCAACAGAGAGGACGUUUUAAAGUUACAUCUGAGAACGUUGACCCGGACAAGGUAUCUCCUUCUCCUGUACUGCAAAAGAGUCACAGCAUGCAGGUUGGUUGUUUUGAGGUUAUAAGCCAGCAUAGUACUCCUCUACACUCACCUUAUCCAUUAUUAUCAACAAUAUCUGAUUCUACGCCAACAAAUGUUUCUGGCUGUUCACUGUUUCCUGUGUUGCACUCUGUGCUUCAGACAAAUAUUCUUCAGAGGGAAACUAUUCUUACUUUAAUGAAGCAAAUUACUGCCGGCGAUUCUUCUGCUGAUAGCACAAAUACCCCAGCACAGAUAGCAGCAACGGAGAAAUCCUUGCUUGAAUCAGCUCACGAAAGAGAAAAGGAGUUACUUCAUGAGAUAACUGAUUUGCAAUGGAGGCUCAUAUGCACCCAGGAAGAGCUUCAAAAGUUGAAAACAGAAAGCGCUCAGGUGUGAUAAUGGAUACAUGGAUUUGGAUUUCAGAAGUGAUUCCUUUGUUUAAGUUGAUGCUUGGAUUCCUUAAUGCAUUUAAAAGGUGCAAGGAGUAAAGUGAAUUGUAACCAAUAGAACAUCCAUUUAUUAGAUAUUAUUGAGUGAUUUGUUACUUUUAGGAUUUUUUAGGUGAUAAGAAAUUCAUCAUAGCUCCUUGUUUUUGUGUGGCAGCAUAAUAGCCCUUUCUUAGUGCAGAUUCGUUGUUCAUAAUUAUUUUUGUAAAUGAUUUUAGCGUUAUUUCCUGGUUGUAAAUUAUAGCCUCGUUUUUAUCUUACUAGAUGCUAUGUUUUUGAAGGGAUAAAAUGCUAUUGAAUUUUAAUACUUGCUACUCAGCGAGUGAAACAUGAAAUUGAUAGUCACUUUUUUUUUUA